GCCCAGGUGAUCUACAGAGUUCCUCUCAAAGAAAACCAUGUGCUGAAGAGACACGCGGGGCAGCAGCUGCGGAUUCACAUCGUUUACGACCGCAGCAUCGAGGGCUUGCUACCAGAGAAGAGACACCUUAUAAAGAACAAACUCUUCCCACAAGCUAUUUCUUAUUUGGAGAAGACUUUUCAAGUCCACAGACCUACUGGCACUAUCCUACUAAGCAGGCAGUGUGCAACAAGCCAAUAUUUAACGAAGAAAGAUGAUCCUCAUAGAUAUUGCCAAGAAGCUUGUGCAGACCACACAAAAUGUGGGCCGGUCGUGGUUCCUGAGGAACAUCUACAGCAAUGUAGAGUGUGCAAUGAAAGUAAAUGGCAUUGUGGACCUGAUGGCAUACCAGAUCAAGAAGGGGUUCGAGACGCUGACUUUGUACUUUAUGUUAGUGCUCUUACCACAGAAAGGUGUGGUCAGGAAAAUAUUAUUGCAUAUGCAGCCUACUGCCAACUGGAAGCAGAAAUGGACAGGCCAAUAGCUGGAUAUGCUAAUUUGUGUCCAAAUAUGAUUUCUACUCAAGCUCAGGAAUUUAUAGGCAUGCUUUCAACAGUGAAACAUGAAGUUAUCCAUGCACUGGGUUUUUCUGCUGGGCUGUUUGCAUUUUAUCGUGAUGAUGAUGGAAAUCCUUUGACAGCAAGAUAUGCAAAUGGUCUUCCACCUUUUAACAAGAGUCUAGGUUUGUAUCAGUGGAGCAACAAGAUUGUUCGUAAAGCGGUGAGGUUGUGGGAUAUACGAGGUGGUAAAAUGCUGCGCCAUGAUGUAUUUCUUCUGGUUACACCUCGAGUCGUUGAAGAAGCUCGGAAACAUUUUGAUUGCCCAGUCUUAGAGGGAAUGGAGCUUGAAAAUCAAGGUGGCAUGGGUACUGAGCUCAAUCACUGGGAAAAGCGGUUGUUGGAGAAUGAAGCAAUGACUGGAUCCCAUACACAAAACAGGGUUUUCUCUCGGAUCACCUUAGCAUUAAUGGAGGAUACAGGCUGGUAUAAAGCCAAUUACAGCAUGGCAGAGAAAUUAGACUGGGGACGUGGUAAAGGCUGUGAUUUUGUUAUGAAGAGCUGUAAGUUUUGGAUUGACCAAAAGAGACAGAAGAGGCAAUUGGUGGCCCCGUAUUGUGACACUCUGCGGAGUAACCCGUUGCAGCUAACUUGUAGACAGGACCAAAGGGCGGUAGCAGUGUGCAAUUUACAGAAGUUCCCAAAGCAGUUGCCUCAGGAGUACCAGUACUUUGACAGUCUCAGUGGAGUACCAAUGGAAGACUUGCCAUAUUAUGGUGGCUCAGUAGAAAUUGCUGAUUAUUGUCCUUUUAGUCAAGAAUUUAGCUGGCAUCUAAGUGGUGAAUUUCAACGCAGCUCAGAUUGCAGAAUAUUGGAAAAUCAGCCAGAUCCUUUAAAAAAUUACGGUGCAGAGAGAUAUGGCCCAAACUCUGUGUGUCUUAUUCAGAAAUCAGCAUUUGUUAUGGAACAGUGUCGAAAGAAGCUCAGUUACCCUGACUGGGGUAGUGGAUGUUAUCAGGUCUCUUGUUCUCCCCAAGGGCUGUAUGUCUGGGUCAAGGACACUCCAUACUUGUGCAGUCGCUCAGGCCAAGUAUUAACCGUUAGCAUUCAGUUGAAUGGCUGGGUGCAUGUUGGGAAUCUGAUUUGUCCAGCCUGCUGGGAUUUUUGUGAUUCCUGUCCUCCUGAACGGGAUCCUCCAGCUUCUAACUUAACAAAGGUCACACAGAUUGAUCUAUGCUCCUGUUCCUCAAGCCUGGUGGUAACCCUCUGGUUGUUGAUGGCUAACUUGUUCCCUCUGCUAGCUGGAUUCUUCCUGUGUGUGUGGAGCUAGGUGUGGAUAAAAAUGUACUCCAAGACACACAACCCUCAGGCUGCAGUCCUCAAGUUAGAGUACAACCAUAGAGCAGCACGCUGUCCACACCAACAGCGGUCUCACAUUGAACAAGCCGUUCGUUGUUCUGUCUCAAGACAGGUAGCUCUACUGAUUGUAGCCAAGGAGAUGCUGAUAGCAGCAGCUAGGUCAUCGAAAGAAGGGCAAAGUUUACUAUGUCAUCUCAACAAGUGCCAGUAUUUUCUGAAUUCAAAUUUUUUAAUUUUGACGACACUAACAACUUUGGGGAUCAAGGGUGCUGGUUAUAUUCGGGAACCUGGCAACUAUGUCUAUGAAACCUAUGAACUCAAUUGUUAAUGGCAAAGAUGUGAAACAUGAACUUUUCUGUAAUGCAGCUUGGGUUUGGUUUUGUUAAACCUUUUAUGUGAGUGAUAGCAGGGUGCUUAAAAGGACAUCCUCAAGCUAGAGAUAUACCUCAGUGUUUCUUUAGUCAAAAGCCAUGUACAAGGUCAGUUGUCAUCACUGCUAGUAACUGUGGCUCAAACAGGCUUUUACUGUAUUUCAGUUUACAGGAAAAAAAAUAAGACUAGUUUGAUAUGGGAUUGCUUCCAAAAUUUCAAUUUGUGCAUUGCAGCUCAAUGAAUGGAUGGUAUUUGUUGUUCCUGAUGCGUCUGAUCCCUUGCAUUCAUUUAAACUCUUAACAGAUGCACAAAAUGCAUUUUUUUUUGUUUAACAAAGGAAGCAUUUUAGAAAUCCCACUCGUUUCAUGUGUGCCAAUCCUGAUGCAAAAUUUGAUGCAUUAGAUAUUUUAAUCGUCAGGGUAAUUCAUCAGGCUAUUACACUUUUGAUACCAUGUUCACAAUAUUUCACUCUACUUCUGUAGCUUUUAUCAUUUAAGUUCAGUAACUCCAGAUGCCAGAUCAGGAUGAGGUUUUUUUUUAGUUGCACUAUGUGGUUCUUUGCCUACAGAGCAAUGAAAUAAGGGAGGCUUAUUCUGCAUGUGAAUGUAGAGGGUUGUACUAGAAUUUCACUUUCCAUUGGGAAAAAGUUAGGGGUCGCCACUGUAGUCUUAAAGGAAUAAUGUUGGUCUUUUUAGAUCAAAACACGACCAGUGUUCCCGCCCCCCCCACCCUAAAAAAUUCCAAAAAACAAAAGAAAUGCCUGGCUCUUUUGAUGGACAUGUAGCAGAUCUCUGACAUUGUACUAGAUGUGCAAGUAUCUAAAAUAAGGGAAGGCAAACAACUACACUUGAACCGCACAUGGCCAAAUUGUGCUCCUAUGGCACACCUGCUGGUGGUGGCCAAAAGCUAUUAGAUCUAAGACUUGAUUAGACUUGUUGCUCUGGCAGUCGCUGCCCUUCCAAUCUUCAGUGCUAGAUGGAGAUACAAAUAGCUCUGGCUUAGAACAAAAGAGCUCUAAGGCUGGCCCUGUUCAGCACCUGCCCUGCUGGUGGUUGUAAUUUUAGAAAACUGUUUGUGGCAGCUGUGAGGGAGCUGAAGUGCUAAGGUGGAGCAUAAAUCUCCAAUCCUUCCUUUCCAGUUCUGCACUCUGGCAAUGGAUCUGCUUGCUCCCUUUUAUUAAGACAGGGAAAUGGGGUGAAAUAAAAAUCCUUUGGCUCCUGGUGAAUGAUCAGUAAUUACCACUGGAGACAUGUGAAUGUUGAGGGAAAACCUUUCUACAGAAGGAUUUUUUGUAAUGCAGCCGAAGUGAGGCCCCCAAGCUUCCUAAGACAUUUAAACUUAAAUUAGGCUACUUCCCUUCUGACUUGAUUUUGCUUUAAAUUAUACAAGGCCUAGAUUAGCCUUAUAAUCUAAGGGUUUUUUUAAGCAAUACAAUUAGGGAUCAAAUGCUUUAAAUAUGCACAAAUUAAAAUUUAAGAAACACUGAAGAGAAGAUGAAUAGAGACUGAAUAGAUGAAUUAGACGCUGAUUAUUUUGCUAUAUAGCAUACCUGAGUCAACUACUAGUGUGGAAUGACUUCAAAAAUUUCUACUGGUCUGAGAAGACUACUUCAGUCCCAGAGAUCGAUACUGUAUCCUUUUGUCUGUUGUGCAAUAAUAGAAUUUAAAUAGUAUCACACAACAAUGAUGCUUUUGAUACUUGAAAACUUCUGGGGGUUGUGGGUUUGUUUGUUUUUCUUUCCCUUGGUGUAAAAUAUUUGCACUGUCUCAAAUUUCUGAUUCACUUUGUAUCUGUUAAGCAUUUUUACUAGUGUUAACUUAUUGUACUUGGCAUUUGAUAUACCCGUCUGCUCUGUGUUCAUGUGAAUCUUGUUGCCGUUGAGUGAAUAAUCUUGUUUUCAGUUAAGCAGUUGUCUACCUUGAAUUUUCAUGCUCUCCCCAGAGGAUUAAGUAAAACCUGAAAGCUGGGUUGGGAUGUUAGUGCGUGCCCACUUCUGCAUCGUAUCCUGUAAGCGGUGAAAAUGCCUAUAGCUGUAUUGUAUAUACGGAGAAAGCUUUCCUACCUUUCAGAGCACUUGCGGGCAGGGCUGACAGUAUGUGCUGAGUAGCUGCUAUAGUGUAUCUAAUGAAGUAAAAAAAUAAUUGCCUUAAUAAUCUGAGAUUUCAAGUUCUGGUUUCUGAGUACAUGCAGCGGUUAAGGAUCCAGCUGGCAGUUGCAGAACUGGAAAUUAACUGCCUGGAAAAAUAUACUUCGGUUGAUUAAAUCAAACACUUUGUGCCCUGUUAGUAAGCGAAAAUUGGUAGCCCCAUUGUAGCUGAGGGACAGCAGAUGGGUGUAUUGCGAUCACCCGUAAGGUGAGAGCAAAGAGGUGCCUGUCAAUAAAUGGGAAUAGCUCUUCUCUCUUGGAAGACAUAACUGACUACCUCAGUUCGAUAUUUUCUUUUGGUUUAAUUUUUUUAACAUAGUUUUAACUUUCAAAUCUCAAAGUGAGUUAGGUAAAAAUGUGGCUCAAGUUUUUAAGAGCAGGAUUUAAUCCAGUAGGAAGCAUAAGCCAUUUCAGGAUGCAGAGUGUGGCUGGAAGUUGUGGUUUAAAAUCAUGUCAGUAGCCUCAUAUGUAGUCUCCCCAGUGAAAUGUGUGUUGCUGGGUUUUAGUAACCUGAAGGCAGCUACUCUGGUUCUCUGGUUGCACUUAUUGUGUGAUGAACUUACUGCAUUUUUUGUGUAAAUACAAUUUCAACCAUAUCCCAAGUAGGCAUUAAUUUAUUCUCCAGAACAGGUAGCAUUAUUGCCAGUUUUCUUCCUGGUGUAGCAAAUAAUUUAUUUGGCUUAUUGUAGCUGAGCCUUCUUGAUUUAAUACAGAAAUGUACAGAAUAUUUUAUUUUAUAAAGUACCACUUAUUUACCUAAAGGAAGAAAUGCCACAGCUCUCAAAGGGGUUUGAGGGUUUUUUUUUCUCCCCUAUUUUAGAUCCAAGACACUAAUUGAAAGACACUUAUAUUAGGUAGGAACAUGCUAGUGGUGCUGAUUGGAAAGAAGUAGAGAGAAGCAGGGGAAAAAUAAUUCUUGGUCAAAAAAUAUGUAUGUAAUUAGGAAAAUUCCCUAGCUCAUCAGGCAGUUCUGCCUUCACUGAACGAGCUGAGCUCCUGGGAGGACUUUGAGGCCUGGAUCUGUAGCAGGGAUGUAAAGAGUUUUGUCCUGGUGUUUUCUCUGACUGUUGGUACAAGGUAAUUGGGGUUUUUUUAUAUGGACUAGUAAAUUAGAAGUAAGCACAUCAUCUAAAAAUAAGACAAGUUAGUUGUCCUUUAUAUGUGAAGGACAGUGCCUCUUUUCAAAUAUUUCCUGUCCUUCUGAAAAUCUUUUCUACUCAAACGUAUCUUUUAGUGAAGUUCAACAGGCAUAGCUCCGUCUUAAAAUUUCCUAUUGAUGUCACAUUAGUAGACUAGCUGAUCAGUUUAGGACUCUGACCCUGAAAAAUGAAGUCAGUGGUUUUUGACAUCAAUUUGAGGGUUGCCUGGAUAUAGCACUUUGCGGGAUUAGGGCAAUAUAAUAUGUGUAUAUAAUACACUGCGUUCCUACAGUCCACUUUGGUGUGAUCUACAGCAUCACGCUUCUGUAGUACAAAUGGCGGGUGGGGGUUGGGUUGGUUUUUGGGUUUUUUUUAACAUAAAGCUUAUCCUCAAAAUAGAAGUAACGUUUUGGAUGAGAGAACUGACUAUGACAUUAAGCAUGAAUGUUUCCUAUUUUGUUACAGAAUGUAAAUAUAGAAUAAAUUAUUUUACAUUUU